UUUUCCUUUCCCCUACUACAGCGUAAGGGCAGCAUCCAUCCAUCAUUCCAGCUCCAACCCAUAACUCCGGUUUCCGCUGCUUAAAAUACACACAACUACGUCAUAACUAAUCAACCCAACAAACACUCUCUCUGGAACCAUUCCAUGUUUUUUGUUUCUAUCCAUACCCAAUAAUAUUCCUCAAUCAAAUACUCUCUCCACCGAAACCCAAAACCAGUGCGUCGUGCAUUGAAUCAAGGUGAAGUACUAAGCUACAUAGUAUAGAAUUAUAGAUCAGAAUACAACUGUUUAAAUUCUUAGCUAUAUAAAAGUUCUUCAAUAUAUAACUCUCGUUAAUGGGUUGAGGAAGAAAACGGAAGAGAAGGUGGAGGCGGCGCGAGGAGGGAGAGGGAAGACGGAAAAGAAAGAGGUUCGCAUGUGCAUGUGCAUGUGCACGUGAUCAGUGUGUCAAGAAGCUCGUGACUCGUGAGAGAAAGAGAAAGAAGGAUGCCUCACAGAGCCACAUACAUUUUCCCGCGUCAAUUUGGGGAGAGAGGGUUAGAUGAGUCUUCGAAACAGCUAUUGGAUCACGAGAAGAAGAAGACACUUACCUCAUGGGUCAAAUCGGAACCAUCCUUCGGGAUCGAAAGCGACGCUACUUCCAAGAAGUCCAAAAACGACGUCGUUGAAGAUGAUGAAGAUGUCGUUUACUCUAAAACACACUCCGCUGUGUCGGAGCUCUUCACCGCCGUUGGUGGCCGCCGUGAUAAUCUCCGGAAUAAGCAAAAGCAUGUCGCCCGUGCGUUCCGUGACUGGCUGAUCGAGAGAAAAGGAGAUCGCCGAUCCAGUCAUGAUCACCGGAGGUUCUCGUUGUCCGAGGAAGAAGACGAGUGCGGGCUUCUGCUUCCUCCGUCGGCGUCGAAGGACAGUGGCGGUGGAGCAUUAGACCAGAGUUUUGACCGGCAGGUGUCGCUUCCCAGAAUGUCUAGCGGGAGCAGCUACGCCGGGAGCUUGUUCUCCGGGACGGCAACGGCUACGACGGUGGACGGGAAUUUCUUGAGCGAGGUCGUGAAGGAGGAAACGACGUCGAGUAGGAGGAGGAGGCAGCAGGAGGAGGUGGAGGAAGAAGAUGAGAAAGAGAGGAGAGAGAAGGUUGCGGAGAAGUCGAAGGAGAGCUACAUGCUGCAGGUGACAAUGGCGAAGAGGCUCACUUGCUUGGCGAGUCUCGUGACUGAGCCCAUUCUUGCUCCCACCACUGAGACAUGGGAUUCCGAAUCCGUUUCCUAUCGUCUAUGGGUGAGUGGGUGUUUGUCAUACUCAGACAAGAUAUCGGAUGGAUUUUACAACAUACUGGGGAUGAAUCCGUACCUAUGGGUGAUGUGCAAUGAGGUGGAGGAGGAAGGGAAAAAGAUACCUAGUUUGAUGGCGCUGAAGGCAAUUGAACCCGGCGAGACGAGUAUAGAGGUGGUUCUUGUUGAUAGACAAGACGAUUCUCGGUUGAAGGUACUUCAAGAUAAAGCGCAGGAGUUGUAUGGUGCUUCAGAGAAUACUCUCGUGUUGGUUGAACAGCUUGGAAAACUUGUUGCCUCAUAUAUGGGGGGUACAUAUCCGGUGGAGCAAGGAGAUCUGCACAAGCGGUGGAAGAUGAUCAGCAGGAGGUUGAGGAAUUUUCACAAGUGUGUUGUUCUUCCCAUAGGCAGCUUAUCUACUGGGCUUUGUAGGCAUAGGGCCAUUCUCUUCAAGAAAUUGGCAGAUUAUAUAGGUUUGCCAUGCCGCAUUGCUCGAGGUUGCAAGUAUUGUGCUGCAGAUCAUAGAUCCUCUUGCUUAGUCAAGUUCAAAGAUGACAAUCAGCUCUCAAGGGAAUAUGUAGUCGACCUGGUUGGGGAACCGGGAAAUGUCCAUGGGCCAGAUUCCUCAAUUAAUGGAGCGUAUCUUUCUUCAAUGCCAUCCCCAUUUCAAAUUUCUCAUUUAAAAGAAUCACAAUCACCUUAUAUGGAUGGCACAACAUGUUCACAAUCUCCGAGUUCCAACCACAUUUCUGUAAUCCCUGAAAGUCAUCCGUAUUUAGGCUGUGAACAGGAAGAUCAACAAAUUAAAGAAGCUGAAUUGCUAAAAAAUCACAACAGCUCCAUUUAUUCUUCAUUUGAGCAAUCCCAAGAAGAAACAGUUCCACCUCCAAUUCUUUUGGAUUUAAACGAGAAUAAUAAGGCAUGUGCAGUCCUGGACCCAAUUUUGCCUUCCAUCCAUGAAGAUGUUUCUAAAGCUCUUCAUCCAGCUACUGAAGUAGCAUUUCAUGAUUAUGUUGGACUUGGCAAAGAUGCAAUUACUGUACAAGAAACUUACAAGAAUGAGAUCAUUGUUACUGAAAGUUCUGUGGUAAAAACUAAUUUUAAGCAAUCUUUAUUGUGCUCAUCCAGCCAAUCAGAACAGGUGCAGGUAGACAAUGGAAUCGAAAACCAGGGCUGUUUACCAUCUGGGAAUAUUCCACGGUACCUGAAUCUUGAGCCAUCACUUGCAAUGGACUGGCUUGAGAUAUCAUGGGAGGAAUUACGUAUCAAAGAGCGUGUUGGUGCUGGCUCAUUUGGGACAGUGCACCGUGCGGAAUGGCAUGGAUCAGAUGUUGCCGUCAAGGUUUUAACAGUUCAGGAUUUCAGUGAUGAUAAAUUAAAGGACUUUCUGAGAGAGGUUGCAAUAAUGAAACGGGUUCGCCAUCCAAAUGUGGUGCUCUUCAUGGGUGCUGUUACAAAACGCCCCCAUCUAUCAAUAGUGACAGAAUAUUUGCAAAGAGGUAGUUUAUACCGACUGAUACAUAAGCCAACAGCUGGUGAACAUUUGGAUAGCAGGAGAAGAUUACGGAUGGCUUUAGAUGUGGCUAAAGGGAUCAAUUAUCUUCAUUGUCUAAAACCUCCUAUCGUGCACUGGGAUCUCAAAUCUCCAAACUUGUUAGUGGACAAAAACUGGAACGUGAAGGUUUGCGAUUUUGGGUUGUCUAGAUUUAAGGCAAAUACAUUCAUACCAUCAAAGUCUGUUACUGGAACACCUGAAUGGAUGGCACCAGAGUUUCUCCGUGGAGAACCUUCAAAUGAGAAAUCUGAUGUAUACAGUUUUGGAGUUAUCCUAUGGGAGCUAGUAACCAUGAAACAACCAUGGAUGGGACUUAGCCCUGCCCAGGUGGUUGGAGCUGUUGGUUUCCAGAAUAGGAAGCUUGCCAUUCCUCCAAAUGUCUCCCCAGUAUUGGUCUCCCUCAUGGAAUCUUGUUGGGCUGAUGACCCCGCCAAACGCCCAUCUUUUGCUAGUAUGGUUGUCUCGCUGAAGAAGUUGCUCAAGUCUCCAGCAGAGAUGAUAAAAAUGGGCGAGACUUAAACGUCUAACGUAGCCCAUAAUUCGGAUUCUUGCGGCUGAAAUUUGUUGCCCAUGUAUGGGAAAAAGGUUAAUUAACAGUAACAACUAACGUGACCCUUGUGGUCAUUCCCUCGGAUUGAGGGAACUCUUGGUUGUUUGCAACUGUAUAUUAGUUGCCUUUUGCUAACCCGUUUUAGAAGGGCAAUAAAAGUCUAAAAAUGAAUUCAAGCAAGUGUUAACAUUGCUGCAAAAAAGCAUAGGUUUUACUUACUCUUAAAUAAAAACAAUAAAAAUAAAAAUGGACCUAUGUUAUGCACACUGCAGCCUCAGAUUUAUGUAAUUUUUUUUAGUGUUUACAUUCCAAGUCACAAAUGUUGUAUUAAUUUUUUUUGUUCCUUUUUCCCAAAACAUGAAAUGUGAAAUUUGUUCCUGUUAAUUCAUUAUAAAUCAACUUGCAUCACUAGA